AUCGAUCUAUUUUUAUUUCAUCUAAUUCAACCCCCUUGUUAUCUUUUUUUUUUUUUUUUUCUCUCUCUCUCUCGCUCAAUUUUUUUUUUCUUUUUUUUUUAUAUAUAUUUCUCAUCUUUUUUUUUGUGAGUGUGUAAAGAAACAAGAACGAGAUGCUUACAACAAGGCAAGAAGUCAAUGGGCUUCCCCAUUCAAAAAAUUACAGGAACGUUCUACUCGAUGCGUUUCAACUUUACAAGUUACCCAUCCAUAUCAGCCAAGAUUACAUCGAUCCAGUGGAUGGCCAUGUGCAUCGGUUUCAAAACAGGUGUCUUGGGAGUUGUUCGUUAACGUUUGGAUCUCUUGUCUUUCCUUUGGCUACCUUUUAUGAGAUUACCGAGUCGGAAAUUUCAGAGAUUAACACUCGAUGCGAAGGCUCUCUUCCUGAUGACGAUGCUUUUACCACUCAAACCAGCACUAUGGCCGUCGACAAUACCGCCUUGGACGGAUUAGCCAACUAUGCUCUCAACAACAACACCACCACAACCACAACAAUAAAAGGAUUACCACCCAAGAAAAGAAAACGCAGACGCAUGAUUCGUUAUGAAAUCAUCUUUUCUGUCGAUAAAGGACCCAUCCAUUUAUCUCCAGAACACACAUUUUUCGCUUUACCUCGGGACGCUGUGACUGAAUGUUUGACCGAAACCAGCAAGUUACUGUUCUCGUUUUUUCCUCAAUCAUGUGGUAUCUCUCAAAAUUCACAAUGUGCUUGUCAUUCUUACCCUCCUCCUAUCAUGGAAGAAGGAUCAUUCAAGACCAAAUUAGAGGAAUUCGCUGCGGUGUGUAGCACCAGCUGUAAACUCACCUUACCAGAUCAAUCCAAAAGUGAAGGUCAUGUAAAUAAUAUCAUCUUAUCCAAUGUACCGCAUGAACUCUACAGAGCGAUUAAACAAAUGGUGUCCGCUUAUGAAAUCAUGUGUCACAACAUGAUGGAGCUGAUGAAAUUGCAUAGCGAGAAAAUCAUUCACCAUAAAUCGUUUCCAGAGGUAACGGUUCCUAGCCAAUCAGAUGACGAUUAUCAAGCAUCUAAAAAUGACGACUGGAGUAGCAGCGAUGAGCAGUUUGGCUGGGAGAAGGACCCUACUCCUGUGACAGUCAAAGUAGUAAGUCCAGUGAUCGCUCAACAACAAAAGGUGAAUCGAGCCAAUACAUCGAAUCCAAUAAAGAAAUGUUUAUAUUGUGGUUCCAAAUCAACGCCCAUGUGGCGCCGAGGACCACAAGGAGCAGGUACACUUUGUAAUGCAUGUGGAGUCAAGUGGAAACACGGUAAAAUAUUAAAUGGAAAUGAUGCACCGGACACGAUUGUUCCUCCCUCGGCGACCCUUACAACAAGUCAUAGUAAUAGACGAGGCAGUAAAGCUGAAAAGAAAAGAAAGAGAUCCAAUACAACUAGUAGUAAUGGUGGUAGCACAACGAAGCGUGGUAAAAAGCGAGAUCCACACGAUGAUUAUGACGAUGCUUUUGCUGUACCUGCACCGCCGUCAUUAACAGCUAAUACUUCUGCCAUUGCCACUGCUGCCACUGCCACUGCUGCUGCUGCUGCUGCCGUUGCUGCUCCUUCUGCUGUUCAUUGGGAAGGUCAUAGCGCUUCUUCCUCUACUUCAGAUUCGCGUAGUCCUCUUGAAUCCUUUUCUUCUCCAAAUAAUUCACCUUCUAUUACCAGCUUAUUGGAUCAACAAGAUCUAAAACGAGAUAUAUCUUCCUUGAUGUAUGAUACAGAAACCCUGUCUGUUUACGUCGGUGAAGAUGCAGUAGAGGCCGCUGCUGUUCUCACUCUUUUAAAAAGAAGCUGAAAUUAGGCGAAUCUUUCUCUUCUUCUUUUAUUAUUUGUACAUAGUCUUUUCCCCCUCCUUUCUCUCUCUCUCUUUUUUCUUCUUUUUUUUUUUUUUAAACACACACGCACAAGCACUCUUACUCAUCUUUCUCUCUCUCUCUUAUAUUUCCUAUAUAUUUCAUGAUAUAUAUACUUUUUUUUUUUAAUGAAUAAACCAUACUGAAUACACACUCAGAUGGGACUCUACUUUUUCGGGUAAGUAAAGAUCACCCACCCAGGUUUCCCGUUUUAUGUUUUGUACCAUGCAUGAAUUAAUUCAUUAUUACGCUGAUCCCCACCCUCUUCACUAUAGGUACACUAAAAAAAAAAAUCACAAUGUGAGGUUAUUUUUUGCGCAGUGUGAUCUUUUUUUUGUCAAGAUAGAAACACAAUGUUUUUUUUUAUUAGUGGAAAAGGCCUGUGUAUGUGUGUGGG